AUGACCACCAACGCACUCUCCCGUGCGCCGUUCUUUCCCGCCGAUCCCUCCUGCGAGGUCCCCAUCCAAGCAGUCAAUUUAGAAGAUCUCCUCAUUGACGAAAUGAUACAAAUGAUCAAUGACGACUACGAGCAGCUCCAUAAGUACGUGGCACGGGGUGAAGACCGGUUGCCAGCGGAUCUCACCGAGUUUUGUGGCCGCUUUCAUCAGUAUUGUUGCAAAGGGCGCUUCAUCUUUGUGGGAAAUGUUGUUGUCGUCCCGCGACAAGCUUGUGCAAAGAUCAUUGAACGUCUCCAUCUGUCACACUCUGGCAUGACGAAGACUUUGACCCUCGCUCAACAGUUAUACUUUUGGCCAGGAAUGGCCCACGAAAUUAAGCAACGAGUCUCUUCUUGCAAAAUUUGCCAAUCGUGCUUUACUUCUCUGCCCGUGGAGCCUCUUCUCAUGGCGGCCGCAGUGGCUAGUUUCCCGAUGCAACAUGUCUCCGUGGAUUUGUUCGACUUGGAGGGAACGACAUAUCUUGUUAUGGUGGACCACUACUCGGGAUUUCCGUUCGUCACCAAGUUAAAUACCACCUCAAAUCACUCAAUUGUGAACGCCUUAUUGCAAUGGUUCACUGAUGUGGGGUUGCCGGAAGUGAUUAAGUUGGACAAUGGACCCCAGCUUCGUGGCCCCUUCCUUAAAUUCUGCAAGAAAUUUGGGAUCAAAAACGAAACGUCCUCUCCAUACCACCCUCAAUCAAACGGCCUGGCAGAGGCCGGAAUCAAAGCCAUGAAGACUUUGCUGUUCAAGUUAGACGGCAAGUACAACUCUGAGGACUUCCGAAUUGCCCUCCUGUUGUGGCGAGGGAUCGGCGGGAAAGAACGGCGCACGGGAGAGUGCGUUGGUGGUCAUGUGCUUCUUUCCCUCAGUCCAGUCAACAUCAAAGCUAUAAACGGCCAGGUGCUCUCGGAUCCGUUGAAGGCGGUCAUUGUCACACGCAAGGAGAAGUUUCGCAAAAACUCAUAA